CUGGCGGCGGAGCAUACUACCUAGCAAAAAAGGAAAUCGAUUCACGGAGACGUGCGCAAGAACUAGCAAGAACUAGGUCCACCGAGAAACUAGAAUGGUGGCAAAAAGUUCAACAAUAUGAUCAAGCAUUGGCUAAUCAAACAUCAUCUACGUCAACGAGUGGGUCAACGAGUGGGUCAACAAGUGGGUCUAAAAGUGGGUCUAAUGAUAGAAACGUGCCACCUUAG